AUGUCCAAUCUGUGUGCCUUAUAUGGAUAUGAAGUAGAAGAUGGGAAGUUGAAGUUAGAGCUUCAAAAACCUGUACAGUCCGAACAUGUAGCGACAAUGCUGUAUGGAAUCAUCCUCGGAGACUCAUGGCAGAACAUAGCUGUAGUCGCUGGAACUGUGUUUGGAGAGAUUCUCUAUUCGGAACCAGCUAACGGAAGUGAAGUCAAAAGGAAACUGUUGGGGCAUACUGGCAUGAUUUUCGGGUUACACGCUCUGGAAAACUUGCUUUACUCCAUUUCGGAUGAUCGCAGUCUGCGUGUUUGGUCUUUAGAAGCAAUCAAACUUGGUGGCGAACAAAUUACCGAAAUCGAUUCUGUGUUUGGCCACUCAGCCAGGCCAUUCGCAAUAUGCUCCUCACCAGAUAACCACAUUUAUACUGCUGGAAUAGACCAGCUUGUUUGUAAAUGGAAGAUGAAUGAGGAGAAGAAGCUAGUACUGGUGGAUCAAUUAUCUCUUAGCACAGGAGGAAUUCGAUCGUUGAAGUAUUACGAUGAUGCAUUGUGGGUUGGCAGUGAAACAGGAGCCUUGCUCGAAGUAACAUUUGCUUCACUCUGCAGUAAUGCUGCCCCACCAACGGCUCUGAAAACUUGUGAUGAUCUGCGUGGAUUUGGUUAUAUGUUGGAUGUGCUCUAUACUGUUGAUGGGAAAGGGCAGUUGUAUAAGAAUGGAGAAGCCGUUCAUGUCGGCAAGUGUCUACGUUAUAUUAACGUUUCGCCACCUCAUUGCUCGAAGGAUAUACUCUUGGCUUUCGAAAAGAAUGCUUGUGCCAUAAUCACCGAAGACAAAGAGACUUUGCUUGAGUUUGAAGAAGGAAAUGUAGUCAGUGCUGUUUGUUCAGCGAACUACAUAUUCAUCUACAAUCUUAACAAACUUGGGAGGUUGUACGACCUAUCAGGAAAGCUCUUACGAGAGUUUGAUGUGUCAACUUCCAUAAUGGGCUUACCGAAAAAAGUUUCGUUCUUACCCUCAGCGGUAGAAACGUUCACGAGCUUCGACGGAAAAGAACACCUAGUGAUUGGUUCGACUUGUGGCCAUGUAAUUCAUUGUUGUUUGGACGAUGAAUCUAAUGUGUUUGAAUCUCUUCCUGAAAUAAGCCGGGUGUGUGCGAAAGGCCAGAUCAUGAGCAUUCGUGACUUGGGCAACAGAAUCGCAAUUUAUUGUAAAAAUGGAUCUCUUAGCUGUUGGACAUAUAAAAAUGACAUAUUCUUGCCAUCCGCCCUUCCACUUAUUCAGGGCGCCCCCUCUCUUGAUUGGCCAUGUGGCAGUUUCUUUUUAGGAAAUCAAGAGUAUAUAGCUGAAUUUCAUUCCACCGAUUUUCGUUUACUGAAUCGGGAUACCGGUCUUGUUGUGUUAAGUUUUUUAUGUGGCGGAGGAAAUAGGCCCUGGUUCUUCCGACUAUCAGAAGAUUCUAAUGGGAAAACACUAGGAACUCUAACCUUCAUUAGGAAAGAGACCUUAGUUAGAGUAACCGCUGGAAUCCAUACUGUUAGCAGUAUUGCUGAUUCUCUACACGUUUCUCAGAUAGUCUCAGUGAGACAACUCUGUUCAUAUGGUGAUUCAUCUGUGAUUUGCACUACGGGUGUUGAUUGUCAAGUGACAUUCUCUGAGGUUAACUCUGUUACUCAAGGUAUUUAG